AUGCCUUUCCUCCUGGGUCUCAGACAGGACAAGGAAACCUGCAUGGGUGUCAACAAUCAAAGUUACAUAUGUGAAACGGGCCACUGUUGUGGACAAUCCCAGUGUUGCAACUACUACUAUGAACUCUGGUGGUUUUGGCUGGUGUGGACCAUCAUCAUCAUCCUCAGCUGCUGUUGUGUUUGCCAUCACCGACGCACCAAGCAUCGUCUCCAGGCCCAGCAACGGCAACACGAGAUCAACCUGAUCGCUUACCGGGAAGCCCAUAACUAUUCAGCCCUGCCGUUUUAUUUCCGGUUUUUGCCAAAUUAUUUACUACCUCCCUAUGAGGAAGUGGUGAACCGACCACCGACCCCCCCGCCACCAUAUAGUGCCUUACAUCAGCAGUGCGUCCCAGCAGGCAGCAGUAGCACAAUCCCAGACACGCCAAGAAACCUGCAGCCAGCGCAGAGCAGCUCAGCAUCACCCAGCGGCAAUAACAGCAGUACUGACAACACCGGGUCCCCUGGCCUUGGGGACCCCGAGCCCUCCACCACCACGCUGGUUGAGCGAGCAGUUGCCAAAAUGCAAAGCGUCGAGCCCGGCGGUACCAGCACAGGAGCCGAGCUAGUGGAGAGGGCCGGUCCUGAUAAGGAUACGGAGUGCAAGGAGGAACUGCUAAAAGGUUACAGCUCUGAGAGCUUAGAGCAGAGCAGCGCCAUUCCCGACGUGAAGGACAAGACGCCGGGCAGGCAGCGCCGUUUCACUGGUGACUCGGGCAUCGAAGUCUGCGUAUGCAACCGGGGCCAUCACGACGACGACCUCAAGGAGUUCGACGGGCUCAUCGAUGAUGCUCUGGACGGGCCCCUGGACUUCUGCGACAGCUGCAGUGGCCGCCCCCACGGGGACGAGGAGGAAGGGCUUUUUCAUGCCGUGGAAGAGCAGCACCGCGAACACAGCCACCACCACCUGCCCCGGCAGCCGGUGUGUGUACUCUUGAACACAAUAAAUGAGCAGGACUCUCCAAACUCUCGUACCAAUAACUCCCCCAGCUAAGGUGGCAGAGUGGAAGGGAGAAUUGGGGGAAAAAACAAAGAAAUAAAAGUGGAAUAAGAGGAUUAAAACUUUAACAGGAGGAAAAGGUGAUAAAACCUUCUUUUUUUAGUUUAUUUUUCUUUCUCCCCCUCCAAUAUAACUUGGGGACUAGUCCCCGAAGGCCCGGCUUGUGGGGGACGGGUCGCUCUGGGUUUUGUUAAUCGUGUCCGUCCUGCUCCGUGGGGCAGUGACUGAUGUUUCUCAAUGAGACCUUCUAACAAAUGGAACUUUCCCAAUGGUGAUUUUGGUGAUGGUUAUUAUGAGUUUGUUGGUUUUAGUUUUCCAAAACUGCUUUAUCUUGCAAUCAGUAAAGCUCAGCAAAUCUCACCCUGGGAGGAUACGAAAUCACCAUAAGGCUUCAACCUCCAGGUGUCUUCCCAGAAGCAAGCAGCUUCUGACAUUGCCGGCAGUCAGUAGCCCAAGAGUUCUGGUUUGAUAUAGUGCUCUUGAGGCAUUGGGGAUUUAUUUUAUUUUAUUUUUAU